UUCUCUUGCUUUGUUUACGGAUACAACAAAUGGCAUCGCAUGACAGUUUUGAUAUCGAACGACUUUAUAAGUUGUUCCAUAGCUGUAUAAAAGAUGACGACACGAUUGAUAUGGACGAAUAUGUGAAUGCAUACGAAGAAUUAUCAAAGUUGUUCCAUAUUCUUGGUUCCGUGUUCAGCUUUGUGAACUCAGAUGUGGUAGAAAAGGUUGGAAUUUUACGAGACUAUAGAAAAUCUCCUGAAGCUGCUGAAUAUGAAACAUUUGAGAAAAUGAUCAAGUAUGAAGUGGCCAAUAAGACAACAGAUAAUAAAAAGAAUGCUUCAGGAUCUAGGACAUUAUUACGUCUUCACCGUGCUCUAGAAUUUACAUCACGUUUAAUGCAUGACGUAAAAGCAGCCGAUGAACACGAGAAGAUGUCCCACAUUACAAAGGAGGCUUAUGAUGCAACAUUGUCUAAACAUCACCCAUGGUUGAUACGAAAGGGGGUCCAUGUAGCUGUUUAUACCCUACCAACAAGGAAGCAUUUUAUAGAGAAAUUAAAGGCCAAGGAUCCGGUCCAAGGUUUGGAGUACUUAGGAAAGACUGCUGAUAUUCAGCAGAGGAUAUUUAAUGUGACAGAGGCUAUAUACACAAGAGAAGAUCUUCAUGGACUGCCCUAAUGCAGAACAAUUUUUUAGUUUCUUUAAAAUAAUUUUUUAUUGUUUUUUUUUAUCCUUUAUGUUUGUAAUUUUUUUCUCCUAAUGUGUACUGUUAAAACGUUUUUGUUCUUGGAUUUCAGCUUACAGUAUUGUGAUUUAUUUGUAUGUUUAUUCUUAUUUAUAACUUCAUGCAAAGAUACCUUGUAUAAAUAUUGUACUAUAGAUGCUCAAAUUACAGUAUAUCUCUAAUGUCAGAUUUAUAUGUUAUAAACAAAUCUUAAGUACUAAUUGCUUAAACAAAACAUCAAAAACAAUAACCACACUUUUUAGUUGUAGAAGUAUUGGUGUUUUACAUGUAUGUAGAUUUAAUACGUUGUACUUUGGGACACUAUUGAAUUAAAAGAUUUUUUCCCCUCUAUAAGUAAACACAUUAUUUUGAAUAGACAUUGAUUAGGGUAUCAGACGUGGAAUGGAAUUUCAUGUUUGUAUCCUGUCAAUUAUUUUUUCUUACUUAAUAUGAUAAAUUUUCAAGUUACUUAAUUUAUGAUAGAAAUAUUUUGUUCAGUAUUGUUAUAUAUAUAUAUAUAUACAGAUUUGUCAUCAGAUUGAAACUGAAAUCCAGAUUUUGUAUAGAAUAAUCAAAAUUUGAAUACGGUAGCUAGAAUAUAUGGAGUAUAUAUUUUUUUUUACAUAUUCAAAUUUCUUUAAAAAUCGUAAAAUAGUCCUUUUGGACAGAUACAGUGAUUAUAAUAAAUUAACCAAUUAUUUAUGUUAUGUCUUAUUUAAAAAUGUGAUAUUUUUUGUGAAAUCCUUGUUACAUUCCAUUUAGUGAAAUGGGCCUCUGACUCAACAUGCUCUCAAAUGAAGAAGUCUGUGUCAAAGGGAUGUUAGACACUUCAAGGCACAGAUCAUGAUACUGCCUUAUUCAAGAUAUUAUGAUAUAUAGGAAAUGACAUUGAACAAACUGUUAUGUGUAUUCCAACCAGACCAAAUUUGGCUUCUUUUAUUUUUUAAGAUACAUGUGCGCUAGUAGUGAUUCUGAAAUGUUGUACUAUAAUUUACUUUAAUGAAUAUAAAUGUUUUUCUUUUAAGUACAUAAAUUUGCUGAAAUUAAAAUUUUGUAAAAACACUAAUUAAAACAAGUGAUAAAAAUGCACCUUAAACAUCAGAUAAUUAAAGAAAUAAUAACAGUCAUGACAGAAGGUACCAGAUCAAAAAGAUUUAUAACAUUCAAACUUUUUAAAAAGUUAACAAGAAGAAAUAAUAUAUUAUAUUUUACACAAAGGAGGAGGUGUGAUGAUAAGAGCCAUUACAGUCGGAAAUCUAGUGACAAAAUAUUACCUCCCCUGUAAACACUGAAAACUAGAUCUUCUCAAUGUUUGUCCCAUUUUAGCAAGGACGCUAUCAAUUAUGGAUUCACUGGAAAAAAUUCUGGUAAAUAGACAGCAGGCUAUAGAAGCUUGAUGUAAAAUUGGUUUAAAAUGUUGCUAUGCGAAUAAAUUCCUGGAGUACCAACUUCAAUUUACUUUUCUACUGGCUGUAUACCUCUCUGGAACAUGAUUUUUUUUCCAAUUUUUUUUAUCAAUAUGCAGCAAAGAUUGGCAUUUUUUAAAUUUCAAUUUCACAAGCUUCUAAUGCAAUUAUCUUGAUAAAUACUGAACAUAAAACAUUGUUCAUUUGCAUGUAUAUUUCUAAUAACAAAGGUU